AUGGCGGCCGCUCAACCAAAUCGACGCCACUUUAAGGAAAGAAGAGAUUGUUUGAACGAAUAUAAUGAUAGGGAGCUCUUAGAAAGGUUUCGUCUGGAUGCUGCAGGGAUUUGGUAUAUCGAAUCACUAGUUAGGGAUGACGUUGUAAGUGGAUCGAAUAGAAACCGUGCACUUACUCCAAUGCAGAAAGUGUUAAUUACUCUUCGUUUUUUGGCAACUGGGAAAAUGCAGCUAUGCAAUGGUGAUGACAUGGGAGUCUCACAGCCGACUGUAUCUAGGGCUAUCACAGCUACUGUAAGAAGUCUAUCUUCAAACCGGCUAAUUGCUCAGUUCAUUCGUUUUCCACUGACAGCUCGCGAAAUCCGUGAAAAACAUGAAGCGUUCUACGCUGCUGCCCAGUUUCCAAGCAAUGUUGGGGCUAUUGAUGGAACACACGUACAAAUCACCGCUCCUACCACAUAUGAAAAUGAAUUUGUUAAUCGGCACCAUUACCACAGUAUUAACGUUCAAAUUGUUGUGGAUGCGAAGUACAACAUUCUUGACAUUGUCGCAAAAUGGCCAGGGUCAACACAUGAUGUUCGAAUUCUGGCUGAAAGUGUACUGAGACAGCUUUUUGAAAACCACCACACACCCAUCCACACUCAUCUGAUCGGAGAGAGCGGUUAUUUUUGGGAGGUUUUUUUGAAGAGAAGAUUUCAUGUAUUGCAUGGAGAAAUAAGGAUGUCACCAGACAAAGCCUGCCAAAUAAUUUUGGCAUGCGCUGUUAUAUCUGCAAAUUGA